GAUAGUUUUUGUUGCCGAAAGUUGAGUUAAAAAUGCUAAACUGAGUUAGCUAAAAAAGACAAAUUGCCAUCAAUAUGUCCGUCAACCCAAUACCUCCUCCGCCCCCAUCGGAGUGCGGUGACAAUGGCCUCGAUUCCGGCAUGAACUCUCCAGUUAUAAGCAGUGCUGCCAUCUCGCCAGUUCAACAAACGAAAACAACUUCAGUAGCUGGCGAAGCUACGGCUUCGGUCGAACAACCCGUCGCAAGCUCCUCGCCGGUUGUAUCCACUUCUUUUUCUACAGCUAAUCAAUUAGCAAACAGCAGUGUUAUUGCUGGAAGUCGCUCUACACUUACAGGAACACCUAUUCCUCAGGCUGGAAACUCAAAGCUUCCUCCAGGAACAAAUUUUACAAAAGUUCUAUACUACUUCGAUGACGUGGAAACCCCAUAUUUAAUUAAGGUUCCCUCGUGCAACGAGGCAGCUGCAGAAGAGCCCACAGUCACACUCGGUGCUUUCAAAACAGUCGUGAACAAAGCCAACUGCAAGUACUUCGUCAAGACGAUGGACCAAGAGCUCAGACAAACUGUGAAAGAAGAGGUCAUGGACGACAGUGCACUGCUCCCGCUGUAUAACGGCCGAAUUAUUGUCUACGUCAACAGCAUCGAGAACAGUUCAAGUCACGGCGGCGGAGGAGGCAGCCAGUCCGGUGGGGCUCUUUCAGGAGGAGAGUCAAAUGCACCUCACCAUGCAUCAAACAGGUUGUCCGGAGGUGGUGGAAGCGGUCACGGUGGAUCCCAAGGUGGCAAUCAGUACGGCAACGGAAGUGACACUGGAUCCCAAUAUAAUGAUAUCGGAGAUCUGUGGAACACCAUGAGGACUCCUGCUAGUGGCGGUAAUUCACAUAUGGGUGGCAAUAGACAGCACCAGUCUUACCAUCAUGGUAAGGGUGGUCCGUACGGUAAAGGAGGUAACAGAUACCCACCAGCUCCACAACCCCUAGAUGAAGAUGACUACACUACAGCGACCGAUACUGAAUCGUUUGUCCAGCAUCCGAAAGGAGGCCUUAGAGGCCCGCCACCUUCAGCGAUAAUGCGAUACGGUCAGCAAUCGCGAAAUUUCAUGCAUUAUGACGUGGACAUGGGAGGAGCAGGGUAUGAUAGUGGAGCUACGAGUCAGUUCACGACAGACUAUGAAAGCAGCUUUAUCGAUUCUACUACAGAUGAUGAUGAAUCCGUAUACAGACUGGCCGGACCAGGUGGGGGAUACGGAGCUGGAGGUGGGUAUUGGAAACACCCUUCGAACAGAAUGCAGCCCCCAGGCAGACACAAGAGACCUCACAGACCCAGACGAAGAGGACAACCCGGCACUAGGGCCUUGGCUCCCUCUAUAAUGAGCAGCAUAACGGACUCUUGUUCCUCCCUCAACUUACAGACAGUGAUCAUAAACAUGGACUCCUCAAAACACCUCGGCAUCAGCAUAGUCGGCCAGAGCACCAACGACGGGGCAGGAGACGGGGGCAUAUAUGUGGGAGAGAUCACACGAGAUGGUGCGGUAUACCAAGAGGGCUCGAUAGACCCGGGAGACCUCAUCAUUCAGGCGAACGACACUCCCUUCACAAAUAUGUCCAACGAUGAUGCAGUGAAAGUACUUCGAGAUCUCGCUAAAAAACCAGGGCCUCUCAAAUUGGUAGUGGCAAAACUGUGGAAUUCUGACCCGGCUGGAUUUGACGGUGACGCUGGCUUUGGUAGUCCGGAGUACUACUCGUUGGAACCCCGGACAGACCUGCCACUGCACCCUAUUGAUCCGGCCAGUUGGGUGGAGGCAUCCAGAAUUGCUACUUUAAAUGGAACUGCUUUCAGUCCAGCUGUCACUUCAGACGAAGGCGCUUCCGAAAUAGGAGGAUUCAAAUACCCCGGAAAUCCCAACAUGGGUCAACCCGGAAUGCAGGGUGGUGGGGGCGGUGUGGGCAACAACAGUGGAGCUCAAAUGGGAGAUCAGAUGGGUGGAGGGGGAGCGGGAGUGCACCCCAAUUCGAAUCUGAAUCGCCAGUCGGGACAAGGGGGAUCGACUGGUUCGGCACCGGAAUUGCGGGAGUACAACGGGGGCAAUAACAAUCCACAGAUGGGUGGAAAUAUGCAACACAUGAUGGGUCAGCACAACAAUCAAAUACAAUCUGGUAUGUCGAUGCAUGCUGCCUCCAGUACAGGUGUGUAUCCCCCUUAUAUGGUUGGUGGGGGACCCCUUCGGACUACCUCGGACCCCGCCCUGAUCAUCACAGCCAUGAUGACGCCGAACAGUGGGCUGGAAAUAAAGGACAGAAUGUGGCUCAAAAUCACAAUCCCAAACGCCUUCCUAGGGCGUCACUUCGUUCAGUGGCUGUACGAGAAAGUGGCCGGAUUCUCCUCCCGCAACGAUGCUCGAACUCUCGCCAAGAGACUGCUCAAAGAUGGAUAUCUUAAGCACACCACUGGCAAGUCUACCUUCUCCGAACAGUGCUACUACGUGUUCAAUCUCGAGAGGGUCAACUCGGGUGCUGCUUCCACCGCAAGUCUUUACCGCUACUGUUUUCCCGCUACAUUAGGACUGCGAGUGUAUGGAGCUGGUACAAUGUCGACUUUGCAAUCCACUUUGGACAGUAGUCAAUUUGGUGGCGGGGGACCAGGCAGCAACGUCAAUGCCCAGGUUGGGGGAGGGGGAAUGAUUGACACAACAACAACAGACAAUAACUCCUCUCACGAUGGAAGCGAAGAGAACAAUGACCAGCUGCCCCCUCUGCCAUCCUCCAUGAGUGGGCCAGGAGCACAUGCACCGUGGAAUCUAGUUGCACCCCCAUAUACAGGCUACAACCCACCUCCUUCGAUGAACUACAGCGCGGCGAACAUGUACAAUCAACAGCAGGUGUCCUACUCCAUGUACCAGCAGCAGUCGAAAACGACUCAGGAUUUCAUGACCAGCACGCCAAUGUCAUACUCGAGUAAUAUGACUCCCCUCCAUCAUCACCACCAUCAUCAGAUGGCCAACCAGUAUGGGGGCAGCAGCAACCUCAGCGAGUCCAGGAUGCCCCUGCUGAUGAUGAAUCCCAACUCCGCUGGAAACCCCAACAACAACUCCCCUGGUGGACCCCACAACCAGAUGAGAAAAGAUUUCCACCCGCAGCCCAACUCCAACCAAUCGGUGGUGGCCAAUCAGCACCAAGGAGCAAACGACUCAAUCUUCGCGAAUGUCAUGUGAACAGGGCAACGCAGUGAGUGACCUUGUUUCUUUAACAAUUGAGAAAGUUUUGUGAGCCAGAAGAAGAAAAGAGACGAUUAAGCCAAAAGGAGUCAAAGUAAGACCUAACGAGCUUUCAAUGCUAGUGACGCCAAUAAAGUCCCACCGAAUCCUUCGCUACCCUUAUUAAAACUUGUCAAAUUGUACUCAAAUUUAAAUCUAUUUAAUUUUGCCCAACUUUUUUGAGUUUUGCUAUUUUCUUGUAGAAUUGAUAAUUAUAUAACAAUGGUAUGGAAUUUCCUCGACCAAGUUUUGGGUUUAGUUUGGUCGAAAUGUUAUCGUUCAUUUUGGCAGAGCGGUCGAGGAAUUAACCUCGUUGUUAUAAUGAAUUCGCACAAAACAGUGAUAGUUACUACAUUGGUACCUAAGUUUUAACCCUUCACAGUUUUUGUAGCAGUGUUUUCAAUACUUAACUGACUAAUGUUUUGAUUCAUAGAUGUGUAUUUUCGUUGCACGAUUUUUAGUUUCAUAGUUUUUCUUUGCUACUAUCGGAGCUGUGAUGAGACCUUAAUUUUGAGCAUAUUUUCUCAGGAUGAUUGGACUAAUUCGAAAUUUGUUGGAGAAUAAGUCCAGAAAUAGUUCUUAUUGAUCUGCGUCUAUGAGUAUGCUGACUUAAGUAUAAACUAAGAAUACAUAAUGUGUUUUGAAAGAAACCAGAAACCAAGUGAAAGACGAAUGCGAUUUAUUAUCUCAGCUCAUUUGUUCACUUAGUUUCGAAAUUGAGGCGAUAUAAAUUUUGCCAAUAGAUGAUUAGAUUUAAAUGAAAUUGCAUGAUUUUUAUGACCAAAACUAAAUCAAUCUAUAUUUCGU